AUGAGUAUAAGCGGUAAUAACUGUACAAAACUUGUGGUAAAGAAUGUGAUGAGGGGUUCGACACCUCCUGAUUAUAAGCAAAAGUGCUUCGACUUGUGUCGCGACUAUUUGGGAGGCGUUUGGCUUAAACUGACCGUCGAUGACGUGAUUGUUAAGAGAUUGGGCGGCGGUUUAACCAAUCAAUUAUAUUAUUGCGCUCUCAAUGACGGACACAUAAGUAGUGAUAACAAAGUGUCACAAGAAGUGACCGUAAGAUUAUAUCAAGAAAAGCAUUUUAAGGACACUAAUGACGGUUACGAGAGAUUAUCGGAUGUUAUCAUCGCUUUAAUAAUGUCUGAGAAGAAGUUGGGACCCAAGAUAUACGGCCUCUUCGAGAGCGGGCAGAUUAUGGCCUAUUAUAAGCACAAAUGUUUUCGUAAAGACGAUCAUAAAAACGCUCAGAUAGUGACACAAGUGGCCAAAACAUUGGCUCAAAUACACGCCAUGGAUGUGGCCGUCAGGAAGACUGGGAACUCAUUUAUGGAUAAUUUGGACAACUUUUUGGACGAAUCAAAGAGUCUGUUUGACAUCAAGUCAUUGAUCAAUGAAUCCAAUUGUCAGACAUUAAGUGAUCACGAGUUAACCGAAGAGUUGAGUUGGCUUAAGAAGUCUGUGGCAGCGGUUGAUUCUCCGGUGACUUUCACUCACAUAGACUUUAGGGGAAAUAAUAUUAUGAUCACUGAAAACGAUGGUAUAGUUGUGUGCGAUUUUGAGUACUCGUGUUAUGACUGCAGAGGCUAUGAUUUUGGAUCAGUGUUUUCCGAAUGGGGCAAAGAGUUCGGUCAUUACGACCACAUCUAUUAUCCCGAAGACAAUGAGAUUAAGCCAUUCGUUGAGUCCUAUAUCGAAGAGUCGACAAAAAUAUUCGGCAAAGAGUUUACGAGAGAUGAAAGAAAUUCAUUGAAACAUCUCAUGAAAGAAGUGAAAAUCUUCUCUUUAGUCGGUCUUAUGUUUUAUGUAUUAUUUACACUCAAAAUGAAUCAAUCAUUCAUUCCUGGCAUACCUUUUGAUAAGAAGAUUGUUAUGCAACGAACGGAAUAUUAUUACAAGAAUUACUAUAAUCUCAAAGAGAAGAUUCUUAAAGAAAAGUUGAUAACAAUAUAAUCUAUUGUUAAAACAUUAAAGAAUUCCAAACAAAU